AGUUGUAUAAUAAUUCUAUAUUAGCUAAUUUAUUUAUGCAGGUUGCAAGUCACAAUCAGUUCAUAAUUUUGUAACUACUACUUCCCUUUUAUCAUUUCAUCUUAUUUCAAAUGGCAACUGAUUCAACAAAUUAUAAUGAUGAAGACAUUGAUUACCUUCUACCAUCUGAAUUGGCACGGCUUGUUCUGGGUUAUCUUGAGAGACGUGGAUGCACUGAAGCUGCCAAGAAAAUGCUGGAAGAACUCCCAGAGCUCAGCGAGGUUGCCAACCUCAGGAAGAAGAAUCGCAGAGUCCUGGGCAGAGUCUGGCAACUCACUUUAACAGAGGCACUUCUUGACUACUCAUACUCCAGGGAACUUGUUCGACGUAUAUCGUCCCAGAACUCGCACAUGUUAGGUCAUUUGUUGGACAGCAAUUUGCUGAGUGAGCAGCUGAGGUUCCUUCUUUCUGCCAUCACUGAGAGCAAGAAAAUGAGUCAGUUGUGUGCUGAACAGAAAAAACGUAUGAGGCCAAGCAUCAUUUCUGAGUCAUCAGCUAAUGCUAAGAAGGCAAUGAUUCGAGAUCCUUCUCCAUCUCCCCUUUUUUCUGAGUCUGAGACUCUCUCACUCCAAAAAGCUGCUGAGCCUGUGGAGGAUGUAGCAUCACUGCCAGAGAGUCAGCCAGCUGCUGCUGAGACAUGCAGUACUGAGCGCUCAUCCCCUAAAAGGAAAGGAUACCACGCCAGAAGGAGACCAACAGAGAGUGACCGUGCCUCUAUAUUGAAGGAGUAUCAAGAGCAGCUGACCGAAAGCAUCCUGAGCAACACAGCUUUCCAUGAGCAUUUUGCUGCUGCCAUCAACAAGACCCUUGCCCAGCAAGGUGCUGCUGCGUCAGGAGAAACCAACACUCAUGUGGUCGCCAAUGAGAUGGCUUCUCAUGCUGAAGCACAGAAUUGUCAAGACCUGCCUCCCGACUUCCCGUCAAACAUAGCUGAGACAGUCAGCAAAAUGAUUAUGGAUGAUCCGAGUUACCAGGAUAUGCUAUUUUUUGGCGCCAGACCUUCUGGAGAUAUCAUCUCUUCAGGGACAAACCUAUGUGCUGGCGAUCAGAACUCCAGCGUCGCUUCUGCAGGCGGAACGGGGCGACCGCUGUCAACGCCUGAACCUCAGUUCAGCUACGCGCAGCUCACUGAAGAUGAGAGGAGACGUGACCAGGAGAUACACGACAUCUUAAACGGCACCUCUACCGGGACCGAGCAUUAUGUUGCAAUGGAUACGCACGACGGGCAGUGUGCAGAGCAGACCGUAGUACCAGCUGCCCAGCCGUGUUCUCCUCACGGUCUACAAGGUUCUCUUCCUGGGUCGUCGGUGAUACCGGAGUGCAGCUUGUAUAGCACAAACUGUGAUACUGCGUACCAAGCCAGCAUGCCACAGGCCACAAAUGCACCGCUCGCCAAUGUGCAACAAACAACCUUCCAACAAUCAGACAUUCAGCAAACGACUCAGAAUCAAACUAAUUUGCAGCAAACGAACUCUAGUUUCUCUUGCUCUCAACAAUUAGGUACGCAAGAAUCUAACAUCCAGAAGGAUGGCCAACAGCUGGAGGGAUACGAAGCACAAGGGGAGACGCCUGCAGUUGAGCCACCGCCCAAGGUCUUCUCCAUUAUUAGUGACAGCAUCCCGAUGCUUGACAACACCGGCAAAUAUUCACAAAAACCGGCAGUGUCUGAGCCCCGCAUCACUCCUCCAGGUAUGGUGGCCGUGCUUGAGAUUCCCCCCAUGGUCAAAGAGGCUCCAGUGACACUGGCUCCAAAACCCAUUGACUGCAGUAUUAUAACUCAUCCCAUGACCGUGACGCUCCCCAAUCUGGUAUCUAUCAGCGUGGGAUCUAGAACUGUGAAACUCUCAAGUCGUCAGAGAAAAAAUAAAGCUGCUAGCGAGACCUCCAACGCCAUGCCUGUGAAGUCAAGCGCAAGUGCCUCCAGUUCCAAUGAAAAGUUACCACAAUCCACGGCUGACAAUCAAAGCUCAUCAAAAGAACGCGCUAGUCGAGCUUGCGCAAGUAAAAAGAAAACUGUUCCUGUUAUUGAAUCUACCGGUGUGUCUCAUCCAGAAGUCCUUGAUAACACUGCUAAAGAAGCACAUUCUGGCGUCAAAGCAACUUCUGGUACUUGUUUGUCUGAAUCUCAAGAUGAAAAUGUUGGUGAUGGGGCCAGCAAUGCAAUGGAAAAUGUGCUUGACAAGUCGUCUGCAGUCUCACUUCGUGCCAGCAAACGUCUAGAAAGGAAGAAUCAAAAAGAAGGUUCUGCUCCUAGAACUAUAUCCGAUAAGAAUCCAGCUUCUUCACCUUCGAAAAUUUCUGUGGACUCGCGACCUAAACCAGUUGAAAUUGUUAAUUCAAUUGAGCCUCGUCAGUUGAGGUCGAGAGCAGUAAAACAUCCUCUCCUGGAUGCGGCAGCUCAGCCUGCAAAAAAUAGUGCGUCAGCUCUCAAGUUGCCUACAGAAAAUGUUCAGGAGACUGCCAUGAAUAGAGGCUGCCAAAGCACGCCAAGCUAUAAGCGACGGCGUAGCCACGUCAGGGCACUCGAUUUUUGUACUCCGAACAAAUCUCCGGUCGCUAUUAUGGAUGUUCUGCCAUGCCACAUGCAGCGAAGCUUGUUUGGCUCACCAUCGCCUGACAAAAACAGUUUUAAAAUGUCAAAGCUUUCGCGUGAGUUGAGCCCCACACGGGAAAAGACAGCAUUGAAAAACUUGAGCGCCAUUGCAGAAGAGACUUCAGUUUUAGUGUCGGAAUCUGUUUCUGACUCUCCUUCUCCUCGAGGUAGUAAGAAACGCCGACGUCUUGACACCUAUGAGGAAGAAGGGAAACUUAACGUGUCUGCUGAUGGAGAAAAAAUAUUAUCGAUGCCUCGCCUGUCCUUCUCACCAACGUCAUCUCUUGGUUUGAACAAUUUUGAUUCAACCAGUAGCACACACCAUGAAACCAACGCCAUGGGAGCUGAUACCAGCUGCUGUUCACCUAACUCCGACGUUUUACCUUCGUUGAUGUCUGAUGCACUGAAAACGCCUUUUAAGAUAUCCGAAGUUAGCCUGGAGGCUCCCACUCCAAUCCAUCAGAGUAUUCCGAGCACUAGUAAGAAACUAAGUGGGGUCGGCUAUGAUCUCAAUACUCCGUUACCCAAGACGUUUCCACCUUUCUCUCCAUGCCCUAAGGUUUCUUCAGGGAAAAAAGACACAACAGUAAAGCAAACAAAUCAAGAGAAAGGUGCCAAUCACGUCCCAUCUCGCACCGAUGUUUGUAAGGAUGGCGAUUCUGCACUGACCAAAAAUGAUGCAAAAGAACUGGGUCGAAAUCGAGCUCAUGAAGAACUUAACGAUAAUCAAGACCAGCCAGAAGAUCUGCCAGUCAUGUCCCCGACCACAAUGGGUCUUUUCCUGGAACGGGAGCUUCAGAAAAGCAUUGAAAAAAAAUCUUGGUUGGGAGUUGACGAGCAAAAAACAAAUCUCUCGCUAGAAGAUUCAAUAAAUUGCUCCCCAGGUCGCUUGCAUGAUCUGCCAAGUGAGGCUCAUGUUGCAUUCGAUGCUAUCAGCAAGCAAGCUUCAGCUGAUCACAAUACUAUGCAGCCGGCUUCAUCAGUUCUCGAAUCACUCAAUACCCCCUUAAAAGCGCAGUCCACUUCCAUGGAGAUAAUGCUUUCUCUCCCUGAGUGUAAGGAGGCGAUCAUAGGCCAAAACGGCAGCAAUAUUGAUGUGGUUGAUGAUGGUCUUUCUUCACGCGCUGCGCCCACGCCCUCGAUUCGGCCGGAGUCGAGUUUAAUUGACCUUGUCUCUAGAAUUGAACACGGUGACUUUUCUGCUGCUGAAACCAUCCUACAGAAAGAAAAUCAUGAAUUAAAAAGUCGUAAGUCGAAGAGAAACAAAAAUAAAAGAAGCGAUGGCAAAUCAAAGCAUGAGCCAUGUUCUUCGGCGAUACUAGAUGAUGUAGUUGAAUUGCAGCAAAACGAGCGGGCUCCUAAAACCGAAUACGUGAGAGCUUCUAGACCUGAAGGGACUGCAUGUGACUCGCGUGAAAAUGUGUUGACAGACCUGAUCCGAGAAGAAGUAUCUAAUGAACAACACGCUUCUCAAUGUGGUCUGGUUAGUGACAAAUUAGAAAUUUCUAAGUUGGGGAUGCUAGCGCCGGAAGCCGGAUUGUUAGAGAAGCCAGUACUUUCUAAAAAUCCGUCUAAUCCUUGUAACCCUAGCGAUAGAGCUACAUCUGGGUCUAUGUUUGACAUUUCGGAAUCGUCAAGUUCUCCUGAAGUUCCCUGCAAGAAAAUGUGCACUGUAGCCUUAAACGCUGUUUCUGCUGACUCUCAUGUUUUGAAGAACUCUUCGCCUAAACAAAGCAGUUGUCGUGGCUCAUUGGAAGAAAAUUUACAUCUGGGCAAGACCCAUAGAAGUAGCAAAUUGGAUAAUGGAACUUCAACGAAUGAAGGUGCCCAUUCUAAAAUGAGAGGUAAAUCAAAAGUUGCUCUCAGAACGGCCAAUGACCAAGUCGGAACCAGUCUGGAUUUUACUACUAAAGAUGGUAUCCGAGUGUUUGCAGCGCAGGACAAAACGCCUAACGGUUGUUCAGAAAGAAGAGGAUCAAAAAAAGCCGCUAGCAAAGUUGAAUACUUGGAGAAAACAAAAAGAAAUUUAUCGUCGAUAAACGCUUCACCGCCUACCAGUUGUAAUGAUUCACUAACAAAAAGUGAACCUGCUUUACCGAACAUUCAAUUAGCUGCUUGUCCUGAAUCAAUUCUUGACGAGCUACCAUCAAUAUCUCAAAGAGGCGAAAGUAAUGUUGAGCCGAGAAAUUCUAUUGAGACUCAAACCAAAAGUUAUUCAAGAACAAUUCCACCCCAACCGGCUCAUUUGGGUUCAUCAGACAAAGAACUCCCGAGAACCCCUCACCAUUCCUCCAAACAUGAACACCGCGGCCCUCCAAUGACGCCAGCUGUAAAGCGACUCAUUCACACUCUCUUCGAUUCGCCUAAAAAAAGUCCUUGCCUCCAUUCUUCUUCAGCAUCCAGCCAUGCUGAACUUGCCCCUGCUUCUCCUGACGUAUGGGAGAAGUGGACGACUGUUUUAUCAUCUGGUGAUGCGGACGGGUUCAUUGUCGGCGGUGAUUCUGCUCAAGGAUCCCAAAGCAAGAAAUGCCACCAGGACCAAUUGAAAGAUUCAGCAGCUUCCACAUCUUCUUGCCCUCCUCAGGAAACAGGUGCUAGAAGAAACAGUAAUGCUUCAAAACCGUUUAGUGAUUGUCAAAAAUCACAACAAACUUCCAAUGAUCCACUUUCUUCCGUGGAUCGCGUGCCAGAGACAAGUUCUCUGCGGUCAUGUAAGAAAAAUAAAUUAGUUGGCAGGGGUAACGAUGGUUCCUCCUCCACUCGGCCUUUGCAGUCGCCCUCCACUCAGCCUUUGCAGUCGCCCUCUACUCAGCCUUUGCAGUCGCCUUCCACUCCCCCAGUUGUAAAAAAACUGCAACACACACUGUUGGGAAACUCCUCUCCAUUGGUCUUGGCCCCGCCGCCAAACUCGAGGACUGUCGGUUACUCUUCUGGCCGCGCAGAGAGAAACUGCAACGACGACGACCUGAGCGACUCGUACGUGGAACUUGACAGCAAACUUGCCAUGCUAGAUGGCGGUUACUGUUUAAGCUCUCCCGAUCGCCAUGCCGGCCCAGGAAACCCAGUGGCAGACGACGUCGAUGCACCUGAGCUGCUCUGCCAGGAGAAAAUCGCUGGGUCUGCUCAGAAUUCAAUCAAUCAGUGGCUCAGAUCAAUUGUGACCGCGCAAGGAGAUGGUAGUAGUAAAACAACUAAUAAGCAACGGAUGGCGUCAUUCAAACCACUGCCAGCCACGCCUGAAAAAGAGAUGAGGAAAAUUUGCCGCUCUAUGAUUAGGGAUGAUCAGGGAGCCAUGGUUGCGGUCCCGUCGUUCCAACUUGACCGGGAUUGUGGUCUUGGAAAUACAUCAAAUUAUAGUCAGGCGCAGAAUCAAUUUGUUCAAAGCACAUCUCUUGAGCCCAGCAAUGACAAUGAGUCAUCUCUGAGACCAGAUGCCAAUAAAUCGAAUGAAGCCAGAACAGAAGUGGGAAGGAAUUCAUGUGAGGAGCUAUCUGAUGAUCAACAGAUACAAAUCCGCCUCAAAUUAUCGGAGUUCUUCCAUGUGCUAGAAUUGAAUCUUGAUGGUCCAAACUCUCAUUUUUCGCCACAAACGACUUCUGUUGAACAUAUUUCGUGCACCCAAACGGAAAAAGCAGCAAAACCUGCUAUUGAAACGAACAUUCGAUCUGGGAAUGAGCCGCCAGCAGUUCUUAAGCAGAUGGUACCAACCCACGUGAUACCUGAGAGUGCCAAGCUCAGUUCGAAUGGCAACUACCGUUCUGGAGGGAGCCGAGAUGAUGCUGUUUCAUUCUCUAAUGCCCUGACCUGCCAUUCAGAGAAGAGGAGGACGUUUGAUGGACACCGUCACACUGCUCCCGCGGAUCGGGGACUCCUGGGCUAUCCCGUGUUUAGGGUUGUAAAAUCUGGGGAAGGACAGAGAGAGGAUAAAUCCCCUGAGAAUUUGCAACAUGAAACCACUUACCUCAAUCAAAAUACUCAGUCACAUCCGUCAUCCAGGGAUGUCCCGCUGCCACGAACAUCCCAUUCACCGAGAUCCCGAGCGUCCUCCUCGCGUCUCGUCGCACAGCGCGCUGUCGACAGCGGCGGUGGCAGCGUCCGCAGCGCCGACACUCCCAGUCCCAGUUCUCUCCACAUUGUUGAUUCUCCUCAAUGGUCUGAGCUGUCUUCGCCUGACCUUACAAAACCCGGCGCUUCCAACUUGCCUCGUGGUCAGGUCCAAGAAUUGCAGCCUCAAAAUUUUAAUUAUUCAUCUCGACAUAAUCCUUCUUUGGUUGAAGUUCCUUCGUGCAGUGUUCCCUAAUCACACAGUCGGAAUUCGGCUGCCAAAUCAACACUUAAUGUACAUCCAUUGCUAAACUCUAACGUGGGUAUGACAAAUUUGCGUUCAUCAAACGAGAGCAUUAAUUCUGGUUAUUCCAAGGCAACAAAAUCAGUCAGGACUGCCCGAGGAGAUUUAUAUUCGGAACAACAUUUCAAGUCAAAUUAUGUUGCAGAAAAAUCUCUAACCCGGGAGCAGCAAGAAAUUGAAAAAAUUCCCAGUCCCACUCACGACAAGCCAUCAUAUACAAAUCGCAGUCUUCAGUCUAAACCUCAUGAGAAGGGAAAAAAGUCGCGCAAUCGGGCAGGAAUUGUAGCAAACGCUUUAGAUUUCAAUGCCCAGAGAGAGAGUACCAAUAAUAACGAUGACGACUCAUCAAAGAAGGUGAGACGAGCUCGGAGUUCAGAUCAGAGAAAAUCUUCAAGCGCCUCCAACAUUUCAGACCCCAAGAAAGAAAAAGUUCAUAAAACGCGGCGAUCUAGUUCUUCUGGGUCGCGUAAGUCUGAACGAAAAUCUCUUAAACAUCAAUCGCGUCCAGCGCAGAAGAGAGAAGCCUCCCCUUUACCUCGUGAAGAGACAAAGACUAAACGGCCCGCCACAGUGAGAGUCGGCAGGGAAGAGAUGGAGUGCGACAUAACAUGCGACGACUCGACGUUUCUACAAGCUCCCCUAACCCCCGGCAAGUUCUUAUUUGCGUCUCCUACGCCUGCUUCCUCCACGGUAUCCCAUUCCCUCUUUCCUCCUCAAGACGCAUUCACUCCCCAC